AUGCGCGCUGCUCACUUCGUUGUCUUUGCAUGGCUGGCGGUGGUCGGCAGAUGCCAGGCGCCUCAGGCGCAGGACAAGAGCCAAGCUCAGGGGGAAGGCAAACAGCUGAUCAUGUUGGAGAUAGAGAGGCUCAACUACCCUGACGAGGACAAGGUAGUGAAGAGACAAGCGGAGGUGAGGUAUGGAGGAUCUCCUGGGCAGUACGUGGUGCGGACCAGCGACCAGGGCGGAGCCCCGCAACAGGUUCCACCGGAGUACCUGAGUCUUCUGCAGCAGCUGUCUCCUCAGCCCUCCCAGCCUCACAACAUUCAGCAACUAUUCAUUUCCAGAGGUCCUCAAGGAUUCACUCAGUUCCAACCUCAGCAACCCGCGCCUCAGCUUCCUCCACUGACGCCUCAGCAAGAGGAGAUGCGACGUCUACAAGAGCUCGAGGCCAACAAACACAUUCGAGAGCAGCAAGAGAGGGCUUUGCAGAGAGCGCUGCAAACGGGGCAGUUCCAACCCGGAUUUCAACCAGGAUUUCCUCCACAAGCAGCACAACCUCAACAGUACCAGCCACAGUUCCAGCAGCAGUAUCAGCAGCAAGUUCAGCAGCCUCAGCAAUAUCAGCAGCCGCAGCAAUAUCAGCAGCAACAGCAGUACCAACCUCAGCAGUAUCAGCCACAGCAGCCUGCCCCUCAGGAGUUUCCACAGUACGAAACUCCUCCCAGCUAUUCAGAGUCUCAAUACUCCCAACAGUCAGGCCCUCAGUACUACCAAACCCGAUCAAUCCGUCCCUCACAGGUUCCUGAGAAGUUCUCGUACAGCGAGGUGAAAUUCGGAACAUCUGAAAUCGCAAGGGAAAAGCUACAGCCGAGGUUGGUCUCCAUCGAGGAAAGAUUGCAGAACCAAGUAAAGUCUCAACCUCAGUACUACCAAACUGCAGCUCAACCUGCACCUCAACCCCAACCUCAACCUGAACCUCAAAAGCCAGUUGAGUUCACAUCUUUCAACGUUCAACCUCAACAGCAGACUCCAACUCAGCCUCAACACCCUCAGCAGUAUUUGAUAGAGACUACCAGGCCUGCUGAGAAUGAAGAGCAGGUUGUAAGGAUACCUAGACCUAGACCGGCUCAACCUCAAUCCCUCUUUUACCGCCCCGAAGCACCGUCUGCUGACAGGGUUUACGUCAAAGCCCCAGAAGGAUACACUGCAAUUCCUCAAAAUCUGUAUAGAGCCAAGGCCCCUGAACCUUACACUACUAUCCCAUUGGCUGUCUACAACCAAGUUCCAGUUCAGUACACUCCAGCUCCCGAGUACCGCCGUGAACCUCAAGGUCCUCCCCUCCCGUCCCCUGACGCACCUUCUCGCUCUGCCAUCUACGUUCACCAAUCUUCCCUUGGGAAGAGGAUAACAACUCAGCCUCCUCGUCCCUACACCAACUACCCCGGGUAUACCCAAGGUGUUCCGAGGAUACCGACCCCUCACGGACAACGAGCCCUUACCGCCUCGGAGAUAAAGGCUCUCUCCAAAGCCGGCUUCCAGAUAUCUCCUUUGGCCUUGAACAGCCUUCAAGAAUCAAGCGAGAUAACCCCGGCGGACGAAGAAGACAGCGAGGAGUAUAAAGCGUUGAGCGCUAAAAGACAAAGUUUUUACGUAGAUGAGAGAAAACCUCCGGGAAAAUAUCCUAAGAGGAUUCCCAAGCCCGUUCCCUUGACUGAGACCGAGAGAAAACUCCUAGCCGAUCAAGGAAUCAGAAACUUGUACAGGGUAGAGUCUUCGGAGAGCAAAGACGCUCCUGUCACAUAUGUUCUAGCCAUCGAUAAUUCCAUGGUCAGAAAGAGAGAAUCUGAGGAGUCAAAGGAAAAUAAAAAUUAAGUUUAACAAAGUUAUUUAUUUGCAGUUAUGUUCAGAAAACAGUAAUUGAUUGUUGUAAUAGGUUCAUAGCGAUUGGAUUGUAUACUUUACUAAUCAUUAUGAGGGAUUUGAAAAUCUAUGAUAUAAAAUGUCGGACUUGAAAAAAGGCUUACGCAAAAAACAUGUCACCAUCAACAUGAUUUUGUGAUUCCAAAGAAAUUAAUAUUUUAAUUCACAACCAUUCAUUUCAUUAAUGAUACUAAAUAUUCUUUAUAUUAUAUUGUUGGCCAUUUAAUUUAAGGGAAGUUACCGAACGUGUAAAUGUGUGUAUAUAGCUUUAGUCUAAGAUCUAAUUAUAAGUAUUUUAAGUUCAAACUUUAACAUAGGUAAUAAAAACUAAAAAUAAAA